AUGGGUUCAUUGCUCCACGGUGAAUCUAACGCGGAAGUACACAUCUCCAGUAUGACACCCUCCAUUCACAUUCAUGUGGCCAUUCUCGUGUGUGACACGCCUAUUCAGCCUGUUCUCACAAAGUAUGGCGACUACUUCGCAAUGUUCCAAGCCCUUUUGAGGCAAGCCUUCAAAGGCUUGGGAAUAUCCGACAAGUCCAAAGACAUUACGGUCGAAUUCAGUGAACAUCAGAUGGUGGACAAUAGCCGAUUUCUUGAUCUUGAGAACGUCGACGCCGUUCUUCUGACUGGAAGCAAACACGACGCCUGGGCUGACGAUCAGUGGAUCCGUGAUCUCACGAGCAACGUUCGUGAGGCUGUCUUAAAACACAAGAAGCCCGUGGUUGGGAUUUGCUUCGGGCAUCAGAUACUUGCUCGGGCACUUGGAGCUCGAGUUGGCAGAAACGAGGCUGGGUGGGAGAACAUCCAACAAAUGCACCGGGAUAUUGUCUUUGAUGCUCCAGCUGAUUGCACGAAUCUGGCUACAAGUCCAAACUGUGAAGUUCAGGGUCUCUACUUGCCCAAGCGAGUGCUAUCGGUACAAGGACAUCCGGAAUACAAUGAAGGUAUUAUGUCAUGUCUGCUCGAAGCUAGACAUGAGAAUGGGUUGUUUGAUGAUGAACUGUAUAACGAUGGGUUGUCCCGAGUGGGCGAUUCCCAUGAUGGGUGGUUGAUAGCAAAGGUAAUUGCAAGAUUCAUAUUAGACGCGAGGAUCAAGUAG